AUGCAGACCCGCCGACGCCGAUCCAGUCGACCAGCUCCUGCCAAGGGCAAGACGAACGGCUCGUCGUCUCGUUUAGGAAAACCCAGUUCACACACAAAGUCCCGCGCUUCGAGUCUCGACUCCACUGCCCCGAAGCGUGUCAAACGCCAGGGCAUUGUCCUUUCGGACGAAGAGGAAUCCAACGCUUCUCCGACGGCCGUCUUGUCCCCGGCUGCCCUCUCCCCCGACGCACUGUCUCCACCCAGCCCGGUGAUGCCUGCAGUGGAAACCGAAACCAAAGUCUUCAUCGAGAGCCCAACUGUUGCCAGUCACAAUGCCGCUCCUCAGCCAACGCGCCAGCUCUUGGGACCGACCUCGCCGCCUCGUUCGCCACCAACGCAACACCAAACACUGCGAGCUCGCUUGGAAGGCACCGCGCCAGCGCUCACGCCACCGCAUGUUCGAGCCGCUGCUCUGGAUGCCCGACGGCCUGCCUCAACGGGGCGCAAGUCACCAACAAAUCGCCCCUUGCCCAUGCCGGUACGGCCCCUCACCCACAACCAGAAUACAUCCAACCCAAGCUCUGCCAGCCCUCGACAUGGCGUGCCCAACUCGCCGCGACGCAUGGUGCGGGCCCAUCCAGGUGGAUCCCCGGGAAGCCAUCUCCUUCUGGCCGACCCUACCAGCCCGCGCAUGCCCUCGCCUGCCCAACUCUCUCGCUUAAGCAUUCGCCAGCGCGUCAUGGCCACCCUCACACCGGGCGCCGUCCCAGCCCAACUCAUUGGCCGAGCCCGCGAACAAGAGACUGUGCGCACCUUUUGGCGUGAACACGUGGACGCACGCAAACCCGGUGCUCUUUACAUCAGCGGCAAACCAGGAACGGGGAAGACGGCCACGCUCAACCAGUUGAUUGCGGCUCGUGGUGCCGCUGGGGACGAUACCCCCACCGUUUGCAUCAACUGCAUGACCUUGCGUGACCCCACACACAUUUAUUCGCGCAUCUUGCAGCAGUUGCUUGGAGAGGACCGGAUGUGGCCAACCGAUGUGGCACUGACCAAGCUCAAAAGUCUAUUGAUUGGGGCUGAUCGACUGCCCACAGUGGUCCUGGUGGUGGAUGAGGUUGAUCAGCUGCACACUCGCGACAACAGCGUGCUCUAUCAACUCUUUUCCUGGCCACAGCAGCCAGAUUCCUCAGUCGUGCUUGUGAGCAUUGCCAAUGCCUUGGACCUGACGGAACGCAUUUUGCCUCUUCUCCAUCGUUGGCAAUGCCAGCCCGAAACGGUGCUUUACGAGCCUUAUACCAAGGACGAACUUGUGAACAUUGUACGCCAUCGUAUGGACGAGGUGCCCUCGGGUGCUGCUCUGCUUCAAGACGCUGCUCUCAAGUUGUGUGCCGCCAAGGUCACGGCCGUAUCAGGGGAUAUUCGUCAGACCCUCGACCUGUGCCGCCGUGUCCUCGAGCUUUCUGAAAAGGACAAGCGUCCACAAAUUGCUAUCAUGGCUUCUCUCUUUGCCUCCGUACUCGGCUCUGACCGGGUGCUCCGCAUCAAGCAGAUGCCCCUGCAUCAAAAGCUGCUCUUGGUGGCACUCUAUCAUUGUUGCCGUGACGACCAGGCUGUGGAAUGCGCCAAGGUUUUGGAUCGCUAUCGCGUCCUGGCCGAGGAAGUCGGGAUUCCGCCUCUGAGCGACGAGCUCUACGAAACGUUGCAGCACAUGGGCUGCUCGGGGUACAUUCAUGCACCCCCAGUAGCCUCACGCUCCCACUUUCGACACGCCAAGUGCAAGCUGUUGGUGCCUCGCGCCGAAGUGGAAGAUGCUUUGCGCAUCGAAGCACUCUUCGGCCGCCUUUUGCAGGAGCAAGCCGCUGAGCCUGAUAGUAGUGGGAGCCAGGCCUGA